CUCUAUAUGAUGGCCAUCAUUGGGCAUGAAGUCCCCCCCCCCCCCACCCACCAAACCCCCAUCGCCUCGCUCACACUUUAACACAAUAAUAUUUUGACCACAUGUGAACAAAACAUGAAAACAAAAAAGAACAACAAAGAAAGGCAUUUGAAGAUUUUUUUGCUCUUCGUUCCUGCAAUUUAUUUUAACAAGGUUUUAGAAGUACAUAAGCACCAGUGCUUCUAUCCAUCAUAAAGGACCAAGUAUACUGAAUAAAAGGUCAACUACAACUUAGAGAACAUGGACCAAUUCCUUAGUACAUCCUACAGGUUUAGAAUCUCUGCCGAGAUGGGUGAUGAAACAAAAAAACACAAUUCACCCUCUUCACAGAAGAUCUGAAAAAAGGAGCUAGAUCGCUUGAACUAAAUACACCAUUGGAAUUAGUUGACACCGAGAAUCUGAACAAAGGACUCAUCUCAUUAUUCAUCAAAGCUGCUGUCAAGUUACAACCAACCACAUACCAAAGACGAGAUGAAAUGUUUUCAUUAUUAUGCCUACAUCAGCUGUCUUACCAACACACAAAAAGUCCACAACUCAAGAGAAAAGAAAGAGCUACUAUACAAGUCAAGAUGACAAACAACUGCAGGGGAAAAGAACAAGUACAAUUUCAAAGCAUCUAGCUUCCAUAGUGAAACUAUUAGCCAUGGUGAAAAUGGCCUCUAAACCUUACGCAGAAGUACUCUCCCAUCCAAAAUUAUUGUCGCGUACAGUAACGCGAAAUAAAAAUAAUGGAGACGACGAUGGAGGAAAAAUCCUCCAUGGAAGUGGAGCAACAGCUAAUAAAAGAAGUUUCUUCUUCUUCGUCUUCAUCGUCUUCGUCCAUAUGGAAGAUGGUAGCCGUGGCAUCCAUAGCUACGGGACUCCAGUUCGGGUGGGCCCUACAGUUCUCCCUCCUCACCCCGUACGUCCAGCUCCUGGGAGUCCCCCACAAGUUCGCCUCCUUCAUGUGGCUCUGCGGCCCCAUCUCCGGCAUAGUCGUCCAGCCCCUGGCCGGCCACUACAGCGACAACUGCACCUCCCGCUUCGGCCGCCGCCGCCCCUUCAUUGCUUCCGGCGCCUUGCUCGUCGUUCUCGCCGUCUUCCUCAUCGGAUUCGCCGCCGACAUCGGCCACGCUGCCGGCGACCGCCUCGGCAAAACCACCAAGCCCCGCGCCAUUACUGUUUUUGUCAUCGGUUUUUGGACGCUCGAUGUCGCCAAUAACACGCUACAGGGUCCAUGCAGAGCAUUACUGGCAGAUCUUUCAGGUGACAGUGCCGAAAAAAUGCGAGUGGCCAAUGCACUCUUUUCAUUUUUCUCGGCUAUCGGAAGCGUCCUCGGUUACGCUGCCGGCUCCUACUCUAGCCUCCACAAAAUAUUCCCCUUCACAAAGACCAAAGCAUGCGAUAUUUACUGCGCCAACCUCAAGAGUUGUUUCUUCAUCUCCAUAUCCCUCCUCCUCGUCGUGACCGCCAUAGCACUCAUUUGCAUUAAAGAGCAUGUCAUGGAAAAAGACAUAAGAAAAGAAUCUAAAAAGACAAAGGUUCCCUUCUUUGGGGACCUCUUUUUGGCCUUGAAGGACCUCCCUAGGGCUAUGUGGCUACUUUUAUUGGUGUGUGCCCUAAACUCUGUCGCGUGGUUCCCAUUCUUGUUGUACGACACAGAUUGGAUGGCAAAAGAGGUGUACGGCGGAAAAGUUGGGAACAUAUUGUACAACAAAGGUGUACACGCUGGCGCAUUGGGUCUCAUGCUCAAUUCGGUUGUUGCGGGUGUGAUCUCCAUUAUGUUAGAACUCAUGGCACGACAGCUGGGUGGAGUUAAGAAGCUCUGGGCUGGGAGUAACCUUAUAUUAGCCACUUGCUUGGCCAUGACAGUUUUAGUCACUAAAAUGGCUCUGCGUAGUCGUCGAUACAACCCAAAUGGCGACAUUCUUCCACCACCUGCUGGUGUCAAAGCCGGUGCCUUCCUUAUAUUUUCUACCCUCGGGAUUCCUUCUGCGGCUACUUUAACCAUUCCAUACGCUCUGGUGUCCAUCUUUACGAAUAAGGCGGGUGCUGGACAAGGAUUGUCUGUAGGGAUCCUCAAUCUUUCAUUUGUAAUCCCACAGAUGUUGGUUUCGUUCAUGAGUGGACCUUGGGACGCUUUGUUCGGCGGUGGGAAUUUGCCUGCGUUUCUAGUAGGAGCAGUGUCAGCCGCCACAAGUGGGAUACUUAUUAUUACAUUGCUUCCUUCUCCCUCUCCUGAUGACAAAUAAGAACUAUAACAAUAUAUAUGGUUAUAUUAU